UCAGUAUAGUCUAUUGCAGCUUAGGUGCCCCGUUUUACUUUUGGGCCGUGAUUGUUUUAUUGUUGUGACCCGUUGCUGGAUUAUUGUCUGCUGUGCUCCUGCUCCUCGCUUUGCUGGUGUCUGCUGUGCUCCUGUUCCUCGCUCUGCUGGUGUCUGCUGUGCUCCUGCUCCUCGCUUUGCUGGUGGCUGCUGUGCUCCUCUGCUCCUCGCUCUGCUGGUGGCUGCCUUGGUUCUCCGCUUCCCUCUCCGCUGUUGGCUACCGUGUUCCCCGCUUCUCUUCUGCUGCGCUGGAUUGCUGUUGGUCGCUGUUGGGUUGUCCAGAGUCCCGCCUCUCCCGGCCUGUGUUGUGAAACGCUGUUCAACAGGACUGGGGGUCAGAUUCGUCUGCCCCCGGUUUAAUGGCUCCAGUCAUGGAUACCAUCCUACGGGUCUGUAGGCACAAGCUGCUGCCAAGAGUCUGCGCACCUGCUAUCUCAUGCAGGCAGCACUCCGGCUGCGCACAUCCUCAGAAAGCCCCACACACCCCCACACCGCCGCCCCCCUCACUGCCGCGGGUAUCGCGUCUGUACCAGCCGUCCAACCUACGGGAGGGCCAGGACAGUGGAGAACUGACAUGCCGGAGCCAUCGGUUGAUGCUCCACACGGGCCUGCUCCACCCUUCCAACCCCGGCUGUUUCUACUACUUGCCAGCCACAGUCCGCUCCAUGGAGAAGCUGGUGCGGCUCAUAGACCAGGAGAUGCACGCCAUCGGCGGGCAGAAGGUGGACAUGCCCGCGCUGUGCGGAGCAGACCUGUGGCGUCGGAGCGGGCGCUGGGAGCUCAUGGGGAAGGAGAUGAUGCGUCUGAGGGAUCGGCACGAGAUGGACUACUGCCUCGGGCCAACGCAUGAGGAGGCUGUGACCGAGCUCAUCGCGUCUCAGGCCAAUCUCUCCUACCGACAGCUACCCCUGCUCCUGUACCAGGUGACGAGGAAGUUCCGGGACGAGCAGAAGCCAAAGUUCGGGUUGCUACGGGGACGCGAGUUCUACAUGAAGGACAUGUACUCGUUUGACGAGAGCGAGGAAGUGGCGCACCACACCUACCAGUCUGUGUGCCAGGCCUACGGGCGCCUCUUCGACCGGCUAGGCGUCCGGUGGGUGCAGGUGCGGGCGGACACAGGCAACAUCGGGGGCACGCUCUCGCACGAGUUCCAGCUGCCCGCCGACACCGGCGAGGACCGGCUGUUGACGUGCGGCGACUGCUCCUUCUCCGCCAACGUCGAGCUGGUGGAGCCGGGCCAGACGAACUGCCCGCAGUGCCAGUCCGGCACGCUGGUGGAGUCCAAAGGCAUCGAGGUGGGGCACACCUUUUACCUGGGCACCAAGUACUCCCAGGUGUUCAACGCCACCUUCAACACCCCCCAGAACAAGCCCGCGCUGGCCGAGAUGGGCUGUUUCGGCCUCGGCGUCUCGCGCAUUCUCGCCGCAUCCAUCGAGGUGCUCUCGAGCGACGACGCCAUCCGCUGGCCGGGGCUGUUGGCACCCUACCAGGUGUGCGUCGUGCCCCCCAAGAAGGGCAGCAAGGCGGCCGCGCUCAUCGACCUGGCAGAGGAGCUAGCUCUCAGGCUGAGCGAGCUGCCCGGCCUGCGGGGGGAGGUGGUGCUGGACGACAGGACGCAGAUGACCAUCGGGAAGCGGCUGAAGGACGCGACACAGAUGGGGUACCCCUACGUGGUGGUGGUGGGGCAGGGCGCGGCCGAGUCCUCGCCGCAGUUCGAGGUGCUGUGCCAGCAGAGCGGGGAGACGCUGUUCCUCAGCAGAGACGCCCUCACAGACCUCCUGAGCAGAGUGGAGACCGUUUGAGCCCAGUACCACCCAGCAGGGGGCGCAAGAUCACCAUUAACACAGCAGUGGUGAAGUGGCUGCUGAUUACAGCACUGCUAAGGGGUGUGUUUCCCAAAACCAUAGCUGCUAAUCUGUUGCAACCAACAAAGUCGCUAACUUAGUUAUUGAAUCCCUAAAUUAGAUUUGUUUCGCCAGCAAGGUCAAGGACUGUGUUAUUGGAACAGCCUCUGCCAAUAACAAGUGAACUUGUGGAUACUUUUUAAAAAAUAACUUUGGGAAAUGCAGCCCGGGUUGGGGGCGUAAUAAGGGGGCAACAGAGCAGCUGCUGGCAUGGAUGACUGGGCAGACUGGACGAAUGUAUCCUCCAUUAGGAAAAGACUGGAUGACAGGAGGACUAACAUGAGAUGGUGGCAGGUAGAGUGAAUGGACCUGGCAGUAAGAACACCUGAUGACUAGUCACUGGCAGCCAGGCUUUGAAUUAGAUGCCUUUUGUGAUGGUGGAUAAAAAGGAAAUGGAUCACUGAAUAUUUAAAACUAUGAGUAAGGUUUUCUUGAUAUGUUUUAUUUCUGUAUUGUUGUGUGCACUGUAAAAAAUAAACCAUGUCACUCAUAA